UAGAGGACACUUUGCUUUCAUAAUGCUUUUCAGCAGCAUAAAUAGCAAAGCAAAGUGCAGCCCAGCCUGCUGAACACCACAGGAUUCUUGAAACCUGCGUAAUUCCACUGGAAGAUGAAGCCCGCCCUCUACCUGUGUUUGUUACUUGCUGGGCUUCAUGCUGUUGCCCAUUGCGAUCACCUGCCUGGCCACCACAAUGGACAUGACCAUCAUGAAGGUACAGUUCAUGAGGAACACCAUGAGGAACACCAUCAUGUAGGUGACUGCCUCAAACUAGCUCCUAGCAAUGCUGAUUUUGCAUUUAGACUCUACAAGCAGAUUACCUCAGAAGCCCCUAAGAAGAAUAUUUUCUUCUCUCCUAUUAGCAUCUCUACUGCCUUUGCAAUGCUGGCCCUUGGUGCUAAAUCAGACACUCUGACUCAAAUUCUGGAAGGACUUGCCUUUAAUCUGACAGAACUUCAGGAAAAGGAGAUUCAUGAUUGUUUCCAUAAUCUCAUCCACAUUCUAAACCAUCCUGAAAGUGAGCUCCAACUCGAUAUGGGAAACGCCUUAUUUCUAAAAGAAAAACUAAAAACACUAGAGAAGUUUUUAGCUGACACCAAAAACCUGUAUGAAGGAGAAGCUUUUAGUAUCAACUUCAAGAAUACUGCAGAAGCUCAGAAACAUAUCAAUGAUUAUGUAGAGAAGAAAACACAUGGGAAAAUUGUUGAAUUAGUCAAGGAUCUUGAUCCAGAGACUGCAAUGAUUUUGGUUAGCUAUAUCUUCUUUAAAGGCAAGUGGGAAAAACCUUUUUUGCCAGAGGACACUAAAGAAAGAGACUUCUUUGUGGAUGAGGAAACAAUCGUUAAAGUUCCUAUGAUGCACAGAAUGGGCAGGUUUGACCUCCAUUUCGAUACAGAGCUGUCUUGCACAGUGGUCCGACUGUAUUACAAUGGAAGUGCAACAGCAUUUUUUAUUCUGCCUAAUAAAGGAAAAAUGAAGCAGGUAGAAGAUGCUCUGUGGAAAGAAACUGUGUCCAGAUGGUCAAAUGCACUCCAUCUAAGCUCAGCAGACCUGUACAUUCCAAAAUUUUCGAUCUCUGCUACCUAUGAUUUAAAGGACCAUCUCACCAAAAUGGGCAUUACUGAUGUGUUCACCAAACAAGCUGAUCUGUCUGGGAUCACUGGGGACCCUGAGCUGCAGGUUUCAAGAGUUGUCCAUAAGGCCGUGCUGAACAUUGAUGAGAGAGGCACAGAGGCAUCAGCAGCCACUGCCAUUGAAAUAAUGCCGAUGUCGCUUCCUCUAAAGAUUGAAUUCAACUCUCCCUUCCUGAUGAUUAUUUUUGAUAGAACUACCAACAUCUCACUCUUCGUUGGAAAGAUAAAUAACCCUGCUGAACCUUAAGUGCUAUCAAUUCAGAUGGCUCUUACUAAAUAAAGAAGCUUUGCCACCUGAAUUGACUGGUUAUAAGUAUUCCUUGCUUUCUUAGUGAAUACGUUCGCUCAGCAUCAGAACCAAUAACAACUGGUACUGAAAACAAUAAAUUGGGCUUAUGCAGCAUAGUUAUCUGAUGUGGGCAGAAAAAAGUAUUUUUUAAUUAGGACAGCAAACAAGAACCAUUUCUGACAGCUGAGAAUUAAGAGACUUAAGUAAGAUUUCUCAGAUUCUCCAGCACACAGCCAUGGUGAUUUGCAUCACAAUAGAAGCUUCUUAUUUAAUUUUUGGCUGUCAGCUAACGUGCUUUGGAUGAAAUGAUGAACAAUUUUGCUAAUAGAGCAGAAGUGGUGUCAUUCUGUCAUAGCUGGAGACGUAGCACUGUUCUGGGAAGUAAAGGGAGCCGGAGGUUGGGAAAGGAAGGAGAGAAGAUAAGAGGCUAGCCUUUUACUAGGGUCACCAUUGGGGAUGGGCAAACCUAUUUUAAAAGUACAUAAGAAACUUUUCCCUCUUACCGCAAGCCUUUUCCCAUUACCAGAAUUGAGUGGGUACCAAAUCUUCCUUUAGGGUCUGAAAUGAGCAUGCAGCUCCACAUGAAACUGGAAGUGCUAAUAAUAAACCAUUAAAAGGUUGUUCCCACAAGAUGAUGUAAAUUCUGCAAGCCUGGAUAGUUUGGGUACGUAUUUGAACUUCAACUCUGUUAAGGGUGCACCCAUCUCAUGAGUCAGUGCAGCCCCAGCUAGUUGAGCAUGGGCUGUGUUUUGACUGGUAAUUAUGCAGGCAGUGGGGAGUCCUCAUUUUCCACUGGUGGACCUGGAGAAAGGAUAUAUCUGGAGAUACAGCACAGUUCAGCUGUUUCAAUCACUCCUUUUAAAGGAGUUGAGGAAUGAAUAUACACAAUAGACUAGAUCCUCAUAACCAGAUAUGCACUGCUGGAUUCCACCCUAGUUCCAAGGCACAACUUAAUGCAGAUUUAGGGCUGUUCUAAGUUGUAGUUGCUGGUAAUAACCUCCAAAGGGCUGCUCUGGCAACAAAGUAUCAGACAGGUGUAGCAGCCACACAUGCACUCCCUUUCUCCCACCAUAACCCCGACAACAGGGUUGUCUCCGAGAGUGCAGAGUAGGAAGCAUGCUGGCAACUCCACACACCUGGAGGGAUCACCCCACACUGGAGGCAAGGCAGUCUCAAUAAGGGCAAGGAUAUAGAGGAUGAGUAUUUAGAGGAGGAAAACAUGAAGAUGACAUCAGUCUGGAGCAUAGAUUCCAAAGCCAGAAGGAACCAUUUUGAUCAUCUAGUCUGACCUCCUGUAUAACUCAGGCCACAGAA